AUGCCUCUACUCUCGCUCCUGAUUGUUGAGUGUGAAAACCCCAGGAGGAGAUCAGCAGUUUCUGAAAGAUUCAAACCUGCUCAAUCCAUCUGGCUCAAACCAACACCCAUGGUGCAGUGUAAGAAAGUCACACUUCACUUCCAACCUGGUAGACGCUGGGUUGCUGCACAAUCCCUCACAGAGUCAGGAGUUUAUCAGCCUGAUAAAGAGCUCAGUGUGGAUAUCGGAGACUCGGCGACUCUGCAGUGUUGUGAACAUGUUACUAUUGAAUCAGAAACAUCUAAACCAGCUCUGGGUGAUAAUUCAGUGGGCUGUGAACCAACACUGCAUGGAAACAGCACUAACAUGAACACACAAGAGAAAACAGUGCUCGGUUUGGGAACGGCUUUGGGUUUGUGCGCACUUCUGAUUUUCUGUCUCAUUUAUUUCAUACUGAGGAGAAGAAAAUGGGAUAAAAUAAACGCUUCUGUAGAAAAUUCUCCAGGAAUGAAUCAGGAAUCUGAAGCUGAAACACUGAAUUAUGCAGCUGUGCAUUUCUCUAAGAGGAAACCCAAAGCUGAAACAAAGAAAUCUGGUUCAUCAGAUGAGUGUGUGUACGCUGAUGUGAAGAAAACUGCACGCUGUAACAUAAAUGAUUCAUAAUAAAUGGAGAAACACAUGGCAGAAGCAGUGAAAAUGUUUCAGCAGGUUAAAUAUCUCGACUGUGUGUUAAUUUAUUCCAUAUUUUUCAUUACAAGCUUUUAAUCACUCAAAUAUUAUUAAACUAUUGUUAAAUAUUUUUGCUCGUUUCAGCUGGACAGAUAAUUGAUCUGCAGAAUGAUGAACGGAUUUCUAGAAGCAAAGUGACUGUAUUUGGUGAAAGUACAAAAAAAGGGGGGAAAAACAGAAAGCUGAUAAUAUUUUUAUAUUUGUUCACAAUAGUUGCAUAAUAAUACAUAUUAAAUAAAUUUGCCCAUAAUCAUGAUAUUUUUAUUCACUGUCGCUAAACGUUCUUUAUCCCCUGCAGACCUGAUUUUUUUUUCUCCUGAACAAAAAAUUGUUUCCACAGCUGAUUUGUACUUUUCUUCAAUGUUGAA